CCCGGGUAGUUCCGCUUCCGGCAGCGCGAGAUAAAUCACGAGAGGAAGCUUAAAUCUGUCGUUUGAAUUUAGGACCACCUCGGUUCACAAUGGUCCGUAGUGGAAAAAAUGGUGACCUUCAUCUUAAACAGAUUGCAUAUUACAAACGAACUGGUGAAUAUCAUCCAACUACACUGCCAAGUGAGAGAAGUGGCAUAAGAAGAGCAGCAAAAAAAUUUGUCUUCAAAGAAAAAAAGCUGUUUUAUGUUGGAAAAGACAGAAAACAAAAUCGUUUGGUAAUUGUUUCAGAAGAGGAAAAAAAGAAAGUCUUAAGAGAAUGCCAUGAAAAUGACAGUGGAGCUCAUCAUGGUAUAUCCAGGACCCUCACUCUGGUAGAAUCCAAUUAUUAUUGGACAUCUGUGACCAAUGAUGUCAAACAGUGGGUAUAUGCUUGUCAGCAUUGCCAAGUGGCAAAAAAUACAGUUAUUGUAGCACCGAAACAGCACCUUCUCAAGGUGGAAAAUCCAUGGAGUUUAGUUACUGUUGAUCUGAUGGGGCCUUUUCAUACAAGCAACAGAAGUCAUGUAUAUGCUAUAAUCAUGACAGAUUUGUUCACCAAAUGGAUUGUGAUUUUGCCUCUAUGUGAUGUUUCAGCAUCAGAAGUUUCUAAAGCUAUUAUCAAUAUAUUUUUCUUAUAUGGACCUCCUCAGAAAAUAAUAAUGGACCAAAGAGAUGAAUUCAUUCAACAGAUCAAUAUUGAACUGUACAGAUUGUUUGGCAUAAAGCAAAUUGUAAUUUCUCACACCUCUGGAACUGUUAACCCAACGGAAAGUACACCUAACACAAUCAAAGCAUUUCUCUCCAAACACUGUGCUGACCACCCAAACAAUUGGGAUGAUCACCUAUCAGCUGUUUCAUUUGCCUUCAAUGUAACUCACUUGGAACCUACUAAAAAUACACCAUAUUUUCAAAUGUUUAGUCGAAAUCCUUAUAUGCCUGAGACUUCAGAUAGUCUUCAUGAAGUGGAUGGUGAUAAUACAAGUAUGUUUGCCAAAAUUCUAGAUGCAAUUAAAGAAGCUGAUAAAAUAAUGGAGAAUAAGACAACUUCACUGGGCCAGAUGGAGAACAACAAUUUGGAUGAACUAAAUAAAAGCAAGAUCAUUGUUAAAAAGAAACCCAAACAAUUAAAUCCAUUUCAUUUAAAAGUGGGUCAUGAAGUUUUAAGACACAGGAAAAAUUGGUGGAAGGAUGGUCGUUUUCAGUCUGAAUGGGUUGGUCCUUGUGUCAUAGACUAUAUUACAGAAAGUGGAUGUGCUGUCCUGAGAGACAACACUGGGGUUAGACUGAAAAGACCUAUCAAAAUGUCCCACCUUAAGCCCUACAUAAGAGAAUCCAGUGAACAAGAAAGUCUUUAUCUCUUGCAAGGUUCAGUAGUGGCAGAUCAUGACUACAUUGGAUUGCCUGAAAUUCCGGUUGGAGCAUAUCAAGCAAAUAUUCUGGUGGAAGAUGCAACUAUUGGUAUAGUCGAUAAUGAAUUACUGACAUCAAGCAAGGAUCGUGAACUAUUAGAAUAUAGAAAUACGAAAAUCUCUCCAUUGAUAGACGAUCAUAGUUCUCUUGAAAAGCAGACUUUCAGUCUGUUGGACUCUUCAAACCAGACAGACCAGGAAGGAGCUGAAAGAGGUUCUCCAGGUGAAGAAGAGUAUAUCUCAGGGCCCUGAGAUCUUACCCAGCAGGGAGUGGCAUGAGCUACAGGAGGAUACAGCCUAGUUUUCAAGAAAAGGGUCCAGAAUGGGAUCCCUCUUGCCUGGAUUUAAGGGAAUUUUUCUGUUGUAUCAGAAGUGGGAUUCAAAGUAGAGGUUCCAGUGACUGCCAGGAGCUUCAAGUGACCAAAUGAGCUAACUUCUGGACCCAUUGCAUCCAUUGCUCUCACACAACCACUGAAGAUUGUGGAAUCUGCUCUUAUUCAACUAGCAAUAGUAUCCUAUGUUUCCUUGGGGAAAACCAAUCUUUCUGAAUCAUCAAUGUAGUUACUGUGGAACGUGACUGUGUCCCUGGCUCCAUGGAGGCUUGGCUAAUCCAGCAUCACAUUUUCCCUGGCCCCAGUGACUGGUUCUGGGGUUGGCACAUUGCUGUCGUUUGGAUAUGGGUUCUUGGGCUUAAUGUUCUCUUCCUGGCUACAGAUGAAGAUCUGCUGGGACUCGUCAGCCCUCCAGGUCUAUUUUCUCAUCCACACCUUCAGCUGGCUGUCCGACAGAUACCCAGGCAUCUCGGCCAGCAGCCAGUGGUCGAUGUGCUGCUCUCUAUCCAGAACUAGCCUCCCUGGAGCAGCUCCUCAUUUCAAUGACUUUAAGAAAAGGUCAUCUUCACUAUGACAAACAUUGACAUGCCAACAGGAGUGACAGAAAAUUUGCUGAAGACAAAUGAAGCCAGGGCUUUGCCAAGGGCACUGAAUCCCUGCCAUGGCUGCCUUGACCUGAAAUAGGAUCAGAUGCUGUUUCUUGAUCAAAUGCUCCCCCUCUCCCUGGUCCAUGGAUUUCUUCCCACACACAGCUAUAGACUUGCUCUAGGACCUGGGGACCCAGCCAAGGGACUGCUACUGAGCGGUAAGAAACAUGAGUUGGGUUAUUUGUUUAUUUAUUUAGAUGUCCUAAAAUAAACUCAGCUCUUGGAUCCUAUAUUGUGAUAAUGAUUUCAUAAAAUACUAACUCUGGUAUUGGACUCUGCCUUGUUCAGUUAUGGAAGGCUGAUGAUCUAAAUUAUGACUAUUCAAAAACUAUCAAAUGGUUUGUUAUAGAAUUAAUUUUUCUUGAAAACUAAGGUUUAAGACAAGUGUUUUUUAUAACUUCUUAUGCCUUUUGUUACUUUAUUACCAAUGAUUAUUCAUCAUAACCAUUGGUGGUAUUGAGUACUUCCUAGGUUCCAGGUAUCCUGAUAAAUGCUUAUGUACAUUAUUUCAUCUUUGUACAACCUUGUAAGGUAACUAUUUUAUCCCCACUUUUUUAUGAGAAAACUGGUCUGGAGAGAUUAAGUAACUUGCCCAUGGUCAUGUAGCUAGGAGCCUAAUGGGAGAAAAACACAACCUGAAAAACUGACCCAGGUACUUUGAGGACUGGGCCUCUUCCUAACAGCAGAUAUCUCCUCUUCUGAUCCUUCAGCUAAUUUAUACUGACUCUACUACCUACAAUUUCGUAUGGACUCAUUAAUUGGACUUAAGCCAAUUGCUAAAAGAUAGUAUUAAAGGUUAUAUUUUAAUCUAACUAUCCAAAUUUCAGAGUCUCCAGAUACUAUUUUGUACUGUGAUAUUAACUAGGGGCAAUAUUUGGAACAUAGACAAUAAUGUCAAAAAUGGUAGAGAGCAUU